GUAGUGGAGAGUCUGUGGUCAGGGCUUCAACCCAUCUGACGACCAUGAAAAGGCUUUGUUAAAGUCCAUAUAUUCGUUGAGCCUUCAUGAAAAGCGCAGAGCUGUGGAGUUAUCGACUGUAGGUUCAAGGGAUUAACACUAGCCAAACGUGGCUAAGCUAGCUAAUAAUAACACUGUGUCAGCAACAAGUUGAACAGGUUAACUUUUACUGUGCAUUGACACCGUUGUAGUCUGGACACUGCUACAGAUAUGCAAGUCAAGGACUGCAUCGUGUCUGCUCCGGGGAAGGCGAUCCUGCACGGGGAGCAUGCAGUUGUUCACGGAAAGGUGGCGCUUGCUGUUUGUUUGAACCUGAGGACAUAUUUACGGCUGAAAGCCACCACUACUGGUAAAGUUUGCAUCAACCUCCCAAAUAUUGACACAUUCCUCUCCUGGGAUCUGUCUGAGCUGAGGAGGCUUAUUCCAUACUCCUAUGGUAAGCGGGAGGAGGUGAAACUUCUGGAUGCUGAACUUGUGAGGAGACUACGUGACUUUUUUGGUGUAACAAAUGGAAACUUGGAUACUUGCAACAUGGCCACUUUAUCUUUCCUCUACAUCUACCUCUCCUUGUUUGGACCAGGGGAGCUGCCCAGCCUGACGGUGUCUGUGUGGUCGGAGCUGCCGACGGGAGCAGGACUGGGAUCAAGUGCUGCCUACUCUGUGUGUUUAGCUGCAGCUCUGCUCUGUGCUAGUGGAGCCAUUCCUACUCCUCUCAAAGAGUGGGAUCACACUGCCAGGUGGUGUCAGGAGGACUUGGAGCAGAUCAACAGCUGGGCCUUCCAAGGGGAGAUGAUCAUCCAUGGUAACCCUUCUGGAGUCGACAACGCUGUCGGGACGUGGGGUGGCAUGUUGAGGUUCUUGGCUGGGAAGAUUAUUCCACUCAGCAGGGUACCGUUAUUAAGAAUCCUCCUCACUAACACCAAAGUACCACGUAGCACCAAGGUACUUGUUGCUAGGGUGAAGGACAAAAUUAACAAGUUUCCCUCCAUCAUGACCCCUGUGCUUGACUCGGUUGAUGCUGUUUCCUGCACUUGUGAGAAAGUCCUCUCAGAGAUGACCAGCCAGCCCAUCACAGGAGAGCACUACAAUAUUUUAGAGGAGCUCAUUGACAUCAACCAGCACCAUCUGAAUGUGAUGGGUGUGGGACACCCUACCUUGGACACACUGUGCCAGGUCACACUGGCCAGAGGGCUCCACAGUAAGCUGACAGGUGCUGGGGGAGGGGGCUGCGGCAUCACUCUUCUGAGACCAGAAACAGACUCCUUCGUUGUCCAGAGUACAAUUCAGGACUUGCAAGACCGUGGCUUUGACUGUUGGGAAACGAGUAUUGGUGGCCCAGGUGUCCAGCAGCACACCCCUCUCUCUAUUAAGGGGGAUAUUCUGGAGAUUUUAAACCAUUACUGCGACUGUGGAUGAACAUUUUUUUUUGUACCUCAAGACCUGGGGUAGCCGAACUGCUGCAGUGGAUUUUCUCACUGACCAGAACUGGACAGAACUUCCUGAAGUAUUAAUUAUAGCUUCUUACUGAAGUUUUGAAGCUAACAAGUCAGCUGUGUCUUCAUUACUGAUAUCUUUUAACCACAGUGACUGAAAUAAUGUUUGUUUUUUCGGUGCAGCUUCCCAUACACACAGUACUAAAAGGUGUAAUUGUAUAUAAUAAACUAUUUGUCCAGUAGAUGGCACCAGAAUCGCACCAAUGCCUUUUAGUGGAAAGGGAUUUAUGGCAUAAGGCUCUGAUAAAUUGAUUAAUGUGUAAGGUAGGUGCUGGCAGAAUUAAUUUAUAGUUAAAUCCAAAUGUUUAAAGCAGCAAGGUCAGUGUAGCUUAAUGGAUUAGGUGAUCAUGUGUCAUUAACUACUCACUUUGGCAAUGUAAAGGUUUGUAAGAAGAAGAAAAAGGUGGACACAGAAAGAAAGAAGUUUUGAAAUCAUUUGUUUGGUUUAUCAACAAAACACAAUUAAUAAUAAGAUUUUUUUUUGCUUUAGACUUCACAAUUCAACAAAGAGCCUUUUGGAAGUAGUAAUAAAAAUACUGUUCCGACUAUUUACAUGAGAUGUAAAGCUUCAGUCUCUUUAAUUAUUAUGAGGACGGAUGUUUGCUGCUUUGAAUCAACACCUCCCUGUAUAAUGCUGCUAUGCUCUUUUAUUGUGCUUUACUUUUAAUAUAAAUGCUGACAUUUAAAAGACCAAAGACUUCUUAGCAAUUUUCUCCAAUCUAUUCUAAAACUAUCAGAUAGAAUUUGUAAUAGUAUACAAUAGUAUAGUUUAAUAUUAUUCUUCUAUGUUAAUUUCCUCUGUUGGAGAGUAACUGGCUGUGUUGUUUUGCUAAUAGAGGAUGGGGAAGGGGCACAGCAGGAGUGUGUAGCCUCUCUGGAGCCUCUGGAUUAGUGCCACUAUAAUGUGAAUCAACAACAACCAGCGUCCUUCUGUUAGUCACACAUUUGUAAUGACACAUAUGCGUACACACACACACACACACACACCAGCUUCCCCAAAUUCUUCUCCACCUAAUCUCUCAUCCUCCUAAGCAUUACAAAAUAUUCUGCAAAUGCCGCAGAUAGAGAGGACUGAUCUCUUUAGAAUAUCCCUGAUUUGGGAAAAGGUCACUGUGGGAUUCGCAAGGUUUGAAUAUCCAUUUCAUUUUCUAUUUUUUAAAUGUCAUGAAGAUUGAGUGGUACGAAUGUGGCAGUGUACGUGA